UUUAUUACAUUUUACAAUAUAAUUAUUGUUUAUUUAGUGUUUACUUUUGUAUUUUUUUUUUGUGAACAAUUGUUCUCAAGUCUAAAUUGAACACGUAUUUUUUUGUUAAAAAUUAGCUAACUUAGGUUAAGUUAAUAAUGUCUUUGUACGAUGAUUUCGAUGUUGUUAAGCAAAAAUCUGAUGGCUGGUCUUCUGGCAUGAAGCUCUUUCAGUCACAAAUGCAGUUGAAAAAAGCAGCUCAAACUCAACCGAGAAGAGAAGCUACUCGUAAAUCUACAUCAGUUUUAGCACCAGUAAUUGACUUGAAGAAAAAAGAUGACGAUGAAUCCAUGUUUGAUCCAGGACUUGGCUUUACAAUUUUUCCAUUGGCUCGAGAAGGAAAAAAACCACAGCGUCCAUCAUUUCCACCUAUGGAUUGGAGUUUUGAUGGCAAUGAAUAUGACCCUAUGAUUCCUAAUGAUUAUGAAAGAGUAGUUAGAGAUCUAAGAGACAUGCGAGAUAAAGAAAAAGAAAAAGAAGACGAUGAGAGACGUAAACGAAGGGAAGAGCGAAAUAAAAAUAGAGAUCCUGGCUACAAUAUGAUGGAUUUGCCAGCUGGUUUUACACCCAAUACAGAUGAAAGACGUAAAACAGGAUUUGCUGGUUUUGGUGGACGUAAAGAAAGUGAUAGUGAAGAAGAUGAACCAAAACCUAUCAGUAGAAUUCCUGGUGCUGCAAUUGCUCCACCACCAUCAUUGCAAGAAUCAUUUGUAUCAUCACCUGGACCACAACAGUCUUCUGGAAUUGGCAUGGGUAUGGGUGUUGCUGCUAAAAUAAUGGCCAAAUAUGGUUUUAAGGAGGGACAAGGAUUGGGUAAGAAAGAACAAGGUAUUUCAGUGGCUUUACAAGUAGAAAAAACAAGUAAAAGAGGUGGUAGGAUUAUUCAUGAGAAACCAGGUGGUAAUGUUUCACCUCCUCCUAUGUCUUCUAUAAUACAAGAUGAUUUUGUUGCGCCUGCUCCACCACCACCCAAACCUUUACAAAGUAUCACAGAAAUAAUGAAAGAACAAUCUAAGGUAGUACUAUUACGAAAUAUGGUUGGACCUGGUGAGGUUGAUCAAGAUCUUGAACCCGAAGUAAAGGAUGAAUGCAACACCAAAUAUGGGGAUGUCAACAAAGUAGUUAUAUAUGAAGUUCCAAAUGUUGAUCAUGAAGAAGCUGUAAGAAUAUUUGUGGAAUUUAAACGUAUUGAAUCAGCAAUCAAAGCUGUUGUAGAUCUAAAUGGUAGAUUUUUUGGUGGUAGACAAGUAAAAGCUGGAUUUUAUAGUGCAGAAAAAUUAAAUAGCUAUCAGCUCCUUGAUUAAAAAUAACUAUUUAAUAACAUUAAAAUAAUUUUAUUGUAUAA